AUGGUUGAUCAACAAGUUGAUCCAAUUCCAAGUGGUUCUACAUCCACAGUUAGGAUUGAGAUUCCUAGUCCUUUCUAUCUACACCCUUCCGAGAAUGCAGGUUCAUUUCUAUUGCCUGGAGUUUUCGAUGGUACUGGUUAUAGAUCCUGGAGGAGAGCUGUUCUUAGGGCCUUGUCAGUUAAGAGUAAGACAGAUCUAAGGGAUAGUCUGCAGUACGUUAACAAUGCACAGGAAUUAUGGGCUGAAUUGGAAGAAAGAUACUACACAAAAAUGAAGAAACUUUGGGAAGAGAUGAGCACUGUCGAUGUAAGCUCUCAAUGUAGUUGUGUUUGCACUUGUGGUGGUAAGAUAAGGUUGGUCAAAGUUGAACAAGAUAGAAGACUCAUACAAUUCUUGAUGGGACUGAAUGAAAUGUACACUGUCAUCAGAGGAAACAUUCUCAUGAUGAGUACCCUGCCUAGUAUGGCACAAGCUUUUGCCAUUUUGUCUCAAGAGGAAAAACAGAGGGAAGUAAGACCUCACAACCACACAGCUUUGGACUCAACUUCACUGAAUGCUCUUGCCAGUAGUACAGGAUCUAAGGGAGGCCCCAGAACAAACUACAAUUCCUCUAAAUGGAGCACAGGAGUCUCUGGGAAUUUGAAUAACACAAAUGUGUUUAGAGGUAAUUCUAGCACCAGCAGGAGUUCCUUGUUUUGUGAUUUCUGCAGGAGAACAGGUCACACAAGAGAAAGAUGCUACAAACUUCAUGGAUAUCCAUCCAACUCGAAGUUUACCAAGGGGAAGAGUGUUGGUUCUGCAGCAAAUAUGUGCACCUCUGAGAAUGAUAGGAACCACUGUGAAGAAGACCCUGAGUUGAGGAAACAAAUGCCUUUGAACUUGUCCAAAGAUCAAUAUGAACAGCUGCUCAAUCUUUUGGGAUCCCUGCAGGUUGGACAUGGAGCUCCUAACUCAGACAACAUGCUAAGUGGAGCUGUGAAUCUGGCAGGGCCCUUCUCUGAAGAGCCCUCUGGAACUUGGUAG